UUUAUUUCGUUUUUUUUUCUUUUCACAAAACCUAGCUGUCUUUCAUCCACUCCUCGCCGCGCCGCCGCCGUUUUGCUAUUUUGAGGAGAGAUUCAUGGCCUAUUCUCAAGCACGUGACUUCAUGUUCUGUAGCUUGUGUGGUACAAUGCUGUCUUUGGUUUCACCUAAGAUUGCUGAAUGCGUUCUCUGCAAAACCAAAACAAGUGCUAAAGGUAUUGUGGGCCAAGAAAUAGGCUACACACUCACUGUUGAGGAUAUUUGGAGAGACCUUGGCAUCUCACAUGCUAUGAAAGAGAUGAAAACAGAAGAAUCGGCAGCGUUGAUCAAGCAGACAUGUAAAUCCUGUGGAAACACGGAGCUCGAGUACACUACUAGACAAAUGAGAUCAGCGGAUGAGGGGCAGACUGUAUUCCUUGUAUGCCCGAAGUGUAAAGCAAGGGAUACCGAAAAUUGAGGGAGGGACAAUCGACAGGAGCAGAUGAAGCCAUGAAGGUUAGAAGUUGACUUUUAUUCCAAUUUUCUUGUCAUUGAACUCCGUUGAAUACAUGAAGAAUAUAUCUGUAAGUUUUGCUACAAAAUGCGUUAGGUAAUUUUGAUAAGGGAAUCUAUAAUGAUAUGGUUCUUAUUUACUUGAUGUGGAGGGGAAGGAAUGACAGACUAUAUCAUAGGUUGCUUUAAGA